CGGCAACCAACAAUUCUUUUGCACCAACCUCUUCUGAUGUAAGAAGUGGAAAGUAUGGACUUGGGCUUCCUUUUUGGCUCCUACCCUGGGCUAUCUAAACAAUAAUAUCCCAGUAACUGCUUUUUACGGGCUUGGGUUCUGUUUUGGGCCUUUUGGGUACCUAGCUUGCGCCAUUUGCUUCUAGAGUUCUAGGAACAACUGGAAGUCUGGAUCCACCGUUCAAUACAUUCAACAUUCCAUGAAAAGAAGAAGAAAAACAAAAAAAAGGCGAAGGGUUUUGCUGGGGCUUUGAAUUUUGAGAGUUGUGAGAAAUCUCUACAAUUUCUGCGGAGUCGAGAUGAAUCAAUUUCUGAGAAAAUCUUCCUCUCAUUUGAUCAGAAACUCUAUCGUAUCACUUGGAGCUCUCGGGUCAGGCCUCUUAUACGCAAACAGCGAUUCGAAUCCUCGAACAAGGAUUACUGUGUCAAUUAAUGCACCCUUCCACGAAUCUUUAUCACUGCUGCCAUGGAAGUUAUCAGAAAAUGUGAGGCCCCGUUCUCUGUUCCUCUCGGCUGAACAAGGGCAAUUUGGAAAUCUUCCGUUAUUUUCUUCUCGAGUUAGUUCUGCUUCUUCCGAGGAUAUAAUGAAGGAAGCUCCUGAUGGGGAAGGAGAUGAUGCAAAACCGUUUGUUGGAAGGAGAGUUGUUCGGCCUUGGCUUGGAUUGAAAAUGGUUGAUCUUAAUGAGUUGAUUAUUGUUCAGCUUAAAGAAAGAGAUGCCACUUUCCCCAAUGUUAGCGAAGGUGUUCUUGUGCCUAUGGUGGCUCCUGAUUCCCCAGCUGAUCGUGCUGGAUUUCAUCUUGGUGACGUUGUCAUUGAAUUUGAUGGGAAGCCUAUUAAAAGCAUCAAAGAGAUAGUUGAAAUAAUGGAGGACAGAAUUGGAGUGCCAUUGAAGGUCAUUGUGAUAAGAGCAAAUGAUAAUGCAGUGACUUUGACUGUAGUUCCAGAGGAAGCAAAUCCAGAAGUGUAGAUGUUUUCUUUUUGACAAGUUGCACCUUUUUGUGCUUUUAUAUAAGGGGAAAGCACGUACUGAAUCUUUAUGUAAGAAAAGAAAUUAAAGUAACUACAAUAUAGUCAGUUUUUUAAAAUGGUGACCUAAAGUCUGUAUGUAUCUUAUGAAUCCAUCCAUUAUUUAUGAUGUCUUUUUAUGCAAAUUUGUUUUUUUGGUGGUGUAA